CAUAGAAUAUAAAAUAUCUAUGCUAUUACCUAUUCAAUCUGUCAAAUAACCUCGUUACUUCAAAUUGUAAAUAUAGUUCAAUUUUUCAUUAUGGAAGAUCCAGAGCUUGAAAAAAUCAGAAAUCAGAGAUUAGCGCAACUACAAUCUCAAUAUAAUAAUGAAGGUGGAGAUUCUGAAGCCCAGAGAGCUAAGCAAGAGCAGGCUAAAGAAGACACAAAGCAUGCAAUCCUUUCUCAAAUUUUGGACCAACAAGCACGUGCAAGAUUGAAUACUCUCCUUUUGGGAAAGCCUGAGAAAGGACUAAUGGUUGAAACAAUGUUAAUGAAUAUGGCAAGGAGUGGUCGGAUAGCUCAAAAGAUCGGUGAACCUGAACUCAUCCAACUUCUAGAAAGUAUAAAUGCGUCUACACAAUCUAAACAAACCUCAGUGAAAUUUGAUAGAAGAAGAGCUGCCAUUGACUCUGAUGACGAUUUUUAAUUUAUUCAGCUGCAUUUCUUGUAAAAUUUGAAAUGCUUAUUUAUGCUACAAUUAAUCAAUAAACGUUUUCUAAAUAA